AUGGACAGGGCAGAAUCGGGAGGCGCGGAAGGGGACGACGACGUGGGCAGUCCGGGGAGGGCGGAGGAGCCGACAGCGGUGGAGGUGGGGAAGCGGUGGGAGCGCAUGGGGGCGGAGAUGCGCAAGGCGGUGGCGCAGCUGGACAAGGCGGAGCCCGCCGCCGUGAUCGACGGACUGCAGCGCCUGCACGCGCGCAUCGUGAAGCACGGCGCGCGGGCCGUCGACGCGUACGUGCGCGUGUCGCCGCCGGACUGGCUGCAGCUGCUCCGCCUGUGGGACGCCUGCCACCGCCGCGGCGCCUCGCACCAGUGUCCCUCUCUCCUUCCUCCUCGCGUCCCCCGUCGCGCCCGUGCGCAGAUGGCCGUGCCGCUGAUGGCGGUGCUGGCGGACAUCCUCGCCCUCGCCGCGCACACGCCGCGCCCUCUCCCCCACACACCCGCGCGCGCCCCUCCCUCCGUCCCUCCGCCCGUGCUGGGCGCGCCUCUGUCCCUCCCCCGCCGCAUAGAGGCGCUGGCGCGCGCCCUGCUGCCGCGGUGCUGCAGGAAGGGCGGCCUCUACGCGCACCUCUCCUCCCCUUCCCACGUGCACGCCACCUCCGCCCUGCGCCUGCUGCUCGCGCUCUCCCUCAUCUCCCCUGCCCUCACGCGCUACCUCCUCCUCUCCUUCGACUUCUCCCUCCCCGCCCUCCCCGCCCUCACCCAGCCCCCCGCGCCCUCCCAGGCGCCGGGCAGCGGGGGGAGAGGGAGAGGCGAGAGAGGGAAGCAUGUGGGCGCACAAGGGGGGGCAGCAGGCGCCUUGUUCUGGUCUGGCACACCAGCGGUGGUCGUGGGGGGCGAGCAGGGGGAGCAGGCGGAGCAGGCGGAGCAGGGGGAGCAGGGGGAGGAGGGGGAGGAGGGGGUCGAGGGGGCGGUAGGGGUAUUGAUGGGCAAGCAAGGGGCGGGGGCGUGCGCGGACGUGGGGGAGGUGCCAGCGCGCGUGCUGAUGGCGGAGUGGGUGGUGGCGUGCCUGGCUGUGGCGGACGCCGCCACUCUCACCCACGCCAUCGUGCAGCACAGACACAACCUGGCCGGCAUUCUCUGGCGCCUAGCGGGCGACCACCCCGUGACAGCUGGCAAGGUGUUGUGGGUGCUGCAGACGCGGGUCAUGGCGGCCAGUAGCAAUGUGCCACGCGGCCUGCAGGGAGCUCUGUUCGGGGAUAGUGCGCUGGAGCAGAUGGCGCGUGUGGCGGGAAGGGAGGAGGGGGGUGGUGCGGGGGCGGUGGCAGCAGGGAUGGCGCUGCAGGGGAGACCACAGGAGGGGAUGGAUGAAGGGGAGGAGGGGGAGGAAAUUGUGGAGGAAGGGAUGGGAGGAGGGGGCAAGGAAGGGCAGGGGGGAGCGGCGGACACGGAGGGUGCUGGAGGGGUGUCGGAGGGGGAGUCGGGCAAGGGCGGAUCGGCCUCCGCCGCUGCUGAUUCCCAAGCCUCCUCUCAUUGGUCGGCCGGCAUGGAUCGUCUCAUUCGCCUCGCGCGUGGGCUGCAUGUGCUGCAGUGUGCGGCGCACCGCUCGCUGCUGCUGGCCAUGGCCCAGGCGUGUCCCCCUCUGGCUGCCGCCUACCUGCAGCGCCCUCCCUUCUCCCUGCACCCCACGCCGCACGCCCACUGGUUCGCGGGCAUGGCCCUGGUGAGCCGCCUCGUGCGCGUCUGCGCCACAAUGCCCCUCCUCUCCGCCUCCGCGCCCUUCUCCCUGCGCCUCCCCUCGCCCAACGUCUCCCCCCUCCUAGCCCGCAUGCUCCCCCCGUGCCUGCCGCGCCCCGCCCUCACGCGCGCCCUGCUGCACCGCUCGCCCCGUGUGCGCCUGCUGGCGCUCUGCACGCUGCUCGACUGCCUCUCCGCCACCCUGCCCCUCCUCGCCCUCGCGCUCCCCCUCGCCGCCACGCACGCCGGCGCGGGUGCAGCGGGAGAGGCAGGUGAGGCAGGCGAGGGAGGGUUGUGGUGGGCGAGAGGGAAUGAGGGUGGGGAUGGGGGGGAGAGGAGGAGCGAGGGGAAUGUGGAGGCGGUGGAGGAGCGGCAAGUGGCGGGCAGGUAUUGGAGCGCGGUGGUGGCGGGGGUGCGGCUGCACGUGGUGGGCGCCGUGCCCGACGUGCAGAUCGUGCUGGGCGUGCUGGCUGCCUCCCAGCCCAGCAGCGGCGCGGGGGGCGUGGAUGAGGGCGGACACAUGGCCUCGCGAGGGGGGGCAGUGUGUGGGGUGAGGCGGGCAGGGGGCGCAGGGGAGGGCGGCAGGCGGAAGAGAGGGCGGGGUGCAGCAGGUGAGUGGCAGGUGAUGGAGGAAGGGGGGGGUGAGGGGGAGGAGGGGAAGGAGGAGGAGGGAGAGGGAGAGAUGGGAGAAGAAGAGGAAGAGGUGGAGGAAGUGGAGGGGGAGGAGGUGGGGAUGGAUGAUGAGAUGGAUGACGAGGAGGAGGGAGGGCGCUGGUCGGUUCGCCUGCUGUUGCACUGCAAGGCUCUGCGCCUCCUCGCUCUCUACCAGGUACUCCUUGCUCUCUACCAGGUACUCCUCGCUCUCUACCAGGUCCUCCUCGCUCUCUACCAGGUCCUUCUCGCUCUCUACCAGGUCCUCCUCGCUCUCUACCAGGUCCUCCUCGCUCUCUACCAGGUACUUCUCGCUCUCUACCAGGUCCUCCUCGCUCUCUACCAGAGGGUGGUGCCGGCUGCCGUGGCUGCCUGCCACGUGGAUCCGCUGCGCUUCCUGCGCGCCGACCUGCCCUCGCUGCCCUCCCCCUUGCUGCGAGCCACUCUGUGCCUCCUCCUUGCCUUCUUCCCGCCGCCUUCUCAACACACCCUUGCAUUCCCCGGGGCUGGGACUGGAGGGGCGCACAGCACGCCGGCACUGCCUGCACCGGCCGAAGCGGCGCCCGCGGGGGGCGAGUUCCUCUGCACCUGCCCGCUGCACAACCAUCUGCUGCCGCUGCUGUUGCUGCGCCUCUCCCCGCGGCCCGCCGACCUCGCACCUGACGUUGACUGGCUCUGCACCGCUGCCAUGCUCUCCUCGCAUGCCUUCCGUGCCCGCCAAUCAGAGGCUGCCAUGUGGCUGCGCUUCCUGCCCACCAUGGCACCUGGCAGUGCUUGCAGCAGUGCGGCGGCAGCACGAGGGGUGGCGGCGUUUCUGGCGGAUGCCGUGGCGUGUGUGGCCCGCGCGCCUCUCAAGUACCUCCUCGCCCUCCCUGCCGCCUCACCACCCCCCGCCCAUGCAUCCCACUGCCCCUCCUGCCGUGCCCGGGGCCACACCCCCAUGGCCUCUUUGGGUCCCUUCCCUGCCUGCAUUCUCACCAACUGCCUCAAAGUGCUGCAUGCCACCUCCCCCUCCUCCUCCUCUUCCUCCUCCUCCUCCUCCUCCUCCUCCUCAUCUCCGCCAGUGCAGCUUGCCAUCGCCACCUUCACCUGCAACGCCCUGACCCACCUCAUCUCCCUUCAGGAAUGCCCUCUCCCACUCGCUGCUCUCAUCACUCACAUCCUCCGCCCUGCCCUGUCCUCCUCCUCCUCCUCCACCUCCUCCUCCUCCGCCUCGUCCUCCCCCGCGCCACAUGGUCGCCCCCCCCUCUCUGCGCCGCUGCUCUGCCUGCAAGCGCUGCUAGAGUCGGCCGCCUCGCUGCUUCCUGUGCCGCCUGAGGAGCAGCAGGGGGGGGGGAAGAGGCCGCACAGUGCGGCUGGGGCGGGUGCUCACAGCUGCGACGCCUGUGAUGCUGGUGGGCGCGCAGCAGUGGAGGCAGCAGUGGGGGCGGCAGAGGCGAGCCUGCAAGCGGAGCAAGCGAGUGGCAGGGAUGCUGCCCUCUCACACUUCACUCUCUCCCUCUCCUCGGCCCACCCACCCUCGCUCAUCGCCCUCCUUCCUCGCCUCGCCUCGCUUGCUGCCUCCCUUCCUCCACCCGCCAUGCAUCUUCUCUCCUCCACUCUCUGUGCACACGCUCUCCUCCCCUCGCUGCUGCCAGUGCACGCGCCUGUGCUGCUGGAAGCGAUUGUGCUGGCGCAGCAAGCACUGCAGCCUGCCGCCACCUGCCACCACCACCACAUGCCCCCCGCAGUGGCCUCACCACUGCCUCUCUUCCUCCCCCCCAUGCCCUCUUCUCCCCACCCCUCCACGACUGCUCUCUCCCACCUCCUCCUCUCCUUGCCCUGCGCGCCUCUGCUCUCCCUGUGCGUGCCCGCCCUGCUCUCGCCUCUCAAGCUCCACCGCCGCCUCGCCUCCUGCCUUGCUGCGCUGCUGCUGGCCCGCCUGCGCCUGCUAUCGCCCCAUGUGCUGCAAGAGAGGGCCGCAGGGGCAAGCCACGCCCGCCCAGGCGAGGGAAUUCUGUGGGGGGAGAGGAGGGGGGAGGUGGGGAGGGCUGUUGUGUUUGAACUGGGGCGAGUACUAGGCGUGGGUAUGGGGGGGCCCCAGCAGGUGGGGGGGGCGGAAUGGAGGCGGCGGCAGCGGUGUGUGCGUGUGUGCAUGGCGGCACUGGAGGCCACCCUCAUGCCACCACCGCUGCCCUCGCCCUCCCACCCCAUGCACGCUGCCAGCGCAUGGAAUGGGGGGGGGGGCGAGCAGGGGCAGCAGGGCGGCGAGGAGGAUGGGAGUGCGUGUGAGUUCAUGGUGCAGGCAGCUGACGUCAUGUCACACCCUCUGCUCCUCGCAGCAUUCACAGGCCACCUCGAUGACGUCACCGCCUGGCCCUCUGCACACCUCUCCUCCCUCCUCACCUUCCUCCGCCUGUCCAUCUCGCGCCUCCUCCUCCGCCUCCUCUCCUUCUCCCAUGCCCUCUACCACUCUCUCCCCGACUCGCCUUCGCCCGCCCCCCCACCAGCCCAGGGCGCCCUUCUCCUGUGGCAGGCCUGCCAGCCAUUCCUCUGCGCCGCCCACCACUCCCUUGCUGCCUCCCUCGCGCCCUUCCUCCCUUACUCCCCGUCUCCCCCUGCGUGCCCCUCGCCUGUGCGCACUGCCUCGCAUGCGGUGGUGCUGGUGGCGCCAGGGAGGAACGCCGGGGGUGGGGUGGGCAGCAGAGCGCAGGAGCAGAGCAGGGUGUGGCGGCAGGUGGCAGGAGGGGCUCUGGGCGACUGGCACUUCGACUUUGACACCAGCUGUGUCACGUGGAGGGGGGAGGGAGAUGGCGGGGGAGGAGGGGAAGGGGCUGGGGAGGAGGCAGUGCAAGAGGAGGCGGCGCAAGGGGUGGCAGUGCCAGUGAGCGUGGUGGUGGCGCUGUGGCUCUCUCGUUUCAUUGCCCUGCCGUGCCACUCCUCCCCGUCUCCCCUUGUGCAGCCCGCCCCUCCCUGUGCCCCCGCUAUUCAGCCCGCUCUUGCCCCUUCCUGUCCGCACGUCACCCGUGUCCCCUCCUCGCCCCGCCUGGCCAGCCUGGCAGCAUGGGCGGGAUGGAUGGCAGCAGUGGUGCAGGGAAUGGCACACGGGCAGAUGGCAGAUGGGAGCAUGGUGAUUGGGGGUGGUGCAGCAGGGGGAGGUGAGAGGGAGAGUGUGAGGGGGGCAUGUGAGCACAUGGCGCUCACAGUUGCAUGUGUCACAUUCCAACACGCCAAGGCAGCUGUGGGCGAGGGGCAUGGUGGGUUGCCGUGGGUGGCCCCACAGCCACUGCCGCAGACACUGCAGCACAGCACUUCACGUGGGGGGGCGAACGUGUGUGCGCGUGGGGCGCUCACAGCGCUGGUGGAGGCGGCCCUGCACGCGCUGCUCACACGGGCCACACGCCUCGCAGAGCACACAGCUGUCGUGGCACUGGAAGCAGCGGUGCGCCUGCCCUGCCUGCACAUCUGGCCAAGCCCUGUGGCGUGCCACGCACCGUGCUCACACGUGCACGUGGCGCGAGUGUGCCCCGCAGCCCUUGAGCGGCGCGUCAUUCACUCGUGCGUGCACCACCCCUCAUGGCGCCGUGGCAACCUGCUCUCGCUGCUCCUCGCUGCUCACGCACGCUCUGAGGGGCGCACAGGGAGCAGCAGGGUGGCGGGCGAGAUGGUGCAGGCUGUGGCUGAGUGGAUGGGUGGCGAGGAGAGGCAGUGGUUGGGCGCACGCUCAGCCAAGGGUGUGGGGGGCAGGGCGGAUGCAGGAGGUGGUGAGGGGCACGCGUGGUGGCAGGAUGGGGACAGGUGGAUACGCAUGCUCAUGCUGCUGCCUGCAGUGGUUGCUGCUGUGGGUGGGCAGUGGAAGGAGGGCGAGGGUGGAGGGGCAGCAGGUAUGAGUAUGGUGGCGUGCACGUACAGAGACAUGCUCCUCGCCCUGCUCCCUCCAUGCACCCCGCCCCAUACCGCCACAACCACCCCUCCCUGCCACCUUCCCCUCUCCCAUCUUCCUCCUCACAUCCUUCCCUCCUUGCUCUUGUAUGUCCCCGCUCUUCUCCACUCGCUGCUGCUCGCUCAUCCCCUCCCCCGCUUGCGCCUCGCCUCGCUCGUCCACGUGGUGGUGCCACACGAGCAGCAAGAGGGCGGAAUGCAGGGGGGAGGCAAGGCCGCACGUGGAAAAGGGAGGGGCAGUGGGAAGGGCAGGGGGGAGGCGGAGGAGGGUAGAGGGGGGGUGGUUGGAGGUGGGGGGUGGCGUGUGCAGGGGGGCUGUGUGGCGGCUGCCACGCUGCUGCAGGUGGCACUGGCGCCCCGGCUGGCCUGCACCGGCCCUAUGCCCACGGCGCCCUUCAGGACUGCUAGCACUGGUAGCGCUGGCGGUGUUGGCGCUGGCAGGUGCGGUGGGGAGAGCGAGGGCACGAGAAGGGUUUGGGGAACGCCUGCUGCACAGAUGAGGGUUCUGGCUGCCCUUCUGAAUCUUCUUGGAAGCAUCUUCCCUCUCGCACCGGAGGCACAUGUGACUGUGGUGACGGGCAGUGGUGGUGGCAGUGGGUGGGGGCAAAGAGAGCAUGUGAGGAGGGAAGGUGAGAGGGCAGUGGGUGGUGGGCGGGUGACAAUGGCAGCGAGAGAGCUUCAGCAGGUGGCUGCCGUGCAGCUGACUCGUGUGGCCACGCACCUGGCACGUACACUCACUGCUGCUCCACCUGCCAUGCCGCCACACCCGCCACCAUCUCCCACCACCCCGCACGUCCCCCUGCCUCUGCUGCAGCACGGCCUGGCCUCGCUGCGCCUUGCAGCCGUGGCGUGCCUCAAGCACCGCUUCGCCCACCCUCUCGCCUUCCACUCCCUCACCCUCGCCUGCCGUGCUCUGCUCGCCGCCGCCACUGCCCCCUCCGUGCACCCACCGAAGCGUCCCGUGGCAGCAGCAACACCACCAUCACAAUCGCCAGAAGCCGCGGCAGCAGCGGUGUCCAGCGUGGGGUGCGCCCUCUUGGACCUCCUCCUCGCACACUCUCGCACUCUGCCUCUCCUCCUCUCCCCCUCCGCUGGCCCCUCCGCCGCCCCCCUGCCUGCAGCGCUGGCCCACCAACUGCACAAGGACAGCAGCAGAGCUGUAUCGCUCCCAUCGCCCCUCUCCCUCAUCCCCUCUCCCCUCCUCCCCGAUCUCCCCCUCAUUGCCGCAUCCUGCCCGCCCUCUUCUGCUCGCAGUACUCGCAUACACGCCAGCUGGCGGGGGGCAGCGUGGCAGGUGCAAGAGGGGCAGAGAGUUGCAGACAGGGAGGAGUUGGGGGAGGAAGCGGAAGCAGGGGCAGGCGUGGAGGUGAAGGUGCGGGCCAGUGAGCUCCUGCACUCGUGCCUUCACUCCACCAUGCUGUGGCCGCUCGCACUGCCAUGCCAGGCACCAAGCCAUGCAGCGAGGGAGGGGAGAGAGGGUGGAGAGGAGGAGAGGCCUGAUGGGGAGGCAGGAAAGCAAAGGAAGAGGAAGAGGAAGAGGCGGAAGGGAGGAUCAGAGGGGGGUGAGGAAGGCGCAUGUGCAGGUGAGGGUGCAGCGCGGUUGGAAUUGCUGCGGCUGAUGACUGCCUUUCUGCGAAUGAGGCUGUGCCACGUGUCUGGCCGUGUGUGCUCAUCGGCGUGUGGGCGUGCUGUACAGUCGCUCUUUGCGCUGCUGCUCGCCCUCUACGGCGCCACCCUCAGCCCCACCGACCGCGCACUGCUCGCCCUCAUGCACCUCCUCACACGCCUUGCACGCCGCGACAUGCCACGUGCGGCAGCCCGCAUCGAGGGGGGGGACCAGCAAGCUGCGCAGGCAGCAGGGGGUGCUGAUGGGGUGAGCACGGUGGUUGCAGAGGAGUUCCUGGGUUUUGAGUGGUUUGACUAUCUUUGGGGCCAGGGGGCCGCAUCACGCUGGGAGUGGCAGCAGGGAAGGGGACGAGCACCAGCACAGGCAGGGGGUGAGGGCCAGGCAGAAGGUGCUGCACAAGAUGGCAGGGAGAUGGGGGUAGCGGGGGGGGAGGAGGUGGGUGGGAAUGGUGAUGGUGUGUUUGAGGGGCGCGAGCAGCGGCAGUGGCGGUUCUGGUGGGAGGAGGCGGCGGUGGACGCCACGCGCUGUGGGCUGCUCGUGCUCGCCUUCCCUGCCCUCCGCCACGCACACUUGGGGGGGGAUGCAGGCGAGCAGGGGCGAGACGGAGAGGGAGGGGGAGUGGAGGACGUGGAGCAAGAGGGUGAAGGGGUGAGUGAGUGGAUGGGGCACGAAAGCACGCACAUGUGCAUAUGCAGUGCGAGCUGCAUGGGAGGGGGGGGCGACCCUUGUGUGCGGCAGCAGGCUGGGCAGGGCCACCCUCUCCCCGGGUCAGCGGCGGGUCAGGACGUGGCGGUGCAGCAGGCAGCCUACGACCCCGCCUUCCUGCUCCCCUUCACCCUGCACGCCCUCUCCCGCCGCCUCCUCUCCCCGCGCAUGGCUGCCCGCUGCGGGCUCAUGGCGGCUGCCAUUGCCAGCCUGGCGUCGGCGCAGCACAGCAUGCGGCGCCUGGGCUACGCCACUCUCGCACUCUUUGCUGCUCUGCUCGAGGAGCAGGAGGAGGGGUGGAGGGAGCAGCACGCCGUGCAGCAUGUGGUGCGCUGUGUGCGGACCACCGUCACCACCACAUGGCAGCGCCUGCCGCGCCUCUCUGUGCUCUUCAUGGCGGAAAUGCUCCAAGUCAUGCAUCUGGGGGGAGCCUCCCCUCUCUUUCCUCUCCUCUCCCAAUCGCUUCUCUCCCAACCAUCCUUCAACCUCACGACCGUGCCACUGCUGCUGCCGUGCCUCAUGAGCGGCUCGCCCCACCACCGCGCCCAGCGCACGUGGCUGCUGCACCUCCUGGCCGCCCUCGCCAUCCCACCCUUCCAUGCCUCCCCUGCAGCCCCCGCCCCUUUGAUACUUCCCCUUGCCCCACAACUGGCUGCUGGAGGGGAAGGGCAAGAGAUGGGUGGUGGCAGGGGGGGCGGUGACAAGGUCGACGAUGGGGAUGGGGGCAGUGGCAACGCAGACGAAGGGCACGAGGCUGGCAGUUUUGAGGGGGAUGCUGUUCUUCGGCGCCGCUUUGUUGUGGAGCUUCUGGGAAGUUUCUUCGCGUGUGGGGUGAGCGAUGUGUUCACCUGCAAGCUGAUUCUGCAGGUGCUGCGGCGCGUGUGCUGCCUGCCCUCGUACGCGGGCCACCUGGUGCGGCAAGGCGGGCUGCUGCUGUGGCUCACAGCCGUUGUGCACGCUGCCUCGCACAGCCUCCACCGUGCCCACACCCACACCGCCCACCUCGCUCUCCUGCUGCCUUCCACUCCACGCGCACUGCAGCUCGCUGGAUCCCCUGGAGCCACAGAAGGAGCAGCUGCUGCAGGGCGGGCAGAGGGCAGGCAGCCAGAAGUUGAUGUUCUAGCGCUCGCGGUGGAG